AUCCAGCGAGUGUCCCCCUCGAGCGAGCGCGCCGCGGUGCCCAGGCGGACUGAUCCGAGCUGUAUGUGCUACGGCUGUUCGUUGUCACUCAUCCCGCGAGCGGCUCGCGAGCGUGCCCUGAAAAAACGCGCACACGGCGAAGGAGCUUUUCUCACAGAACAGCGCCGGGGGAGCAGCAGGAGAAAAUUAUAACAAUAAUAAUCAUUUGCGUCGAAGGAAGAAUUCCGCCAACACGAACCCCACUCUGCAUUCUUCUGGGAGCAUACAUUUUGUAAAAGAAAUUGCAAUGCUUCAAGCCAGGGAUAUCAUCUGGGCAUUGCUUUUCUUUGGCACUGCAGCCUCCCUUCAAGUGAACAUCACACCUGCCCAGGGCGAGAUCAGUGUGGGAGAGUCCAAGUUCUUUCAGUGUGAAGUUGUUGGAGAGGCAAAAGAGAUCGACUGGUACUCCCCAAGCGGCGAGAAGAUUCUGCCAAAUAGGCAAGACAUCAGCGUUACCCGCAAUGACGAGGAGUCCUCCAUCCUUACGAUCUACAAUGCCAACAUUGACAACGCUGGGAUAUACAAGUGCGUUGCCAGGAAUGGCAACAUGGAAUCUCAGGCCACAGUCAACGUGAAAAUUUAUCAGAAACUCACAUUCAAAAGCGCCCCCUCGCCUCAGGAGUUCAACGAAGGUGACAAUGCCGACAUAGUCUGUGACGUGGUCAGCUCCCCUCCGCCAGCCAUCAUCUGGAGGCGCGGCAACACCAAGAUCCAAGUGGAGAAAGAUGUGCGUUUCAAGAUCCUGGACAACAACCACCUGCAGAUCAGAGGCAUCAAGAAGACUGACGAAGGGUCGUACACCUGUGAGGGCCGCAUCAUGGCCAGGGGCGAAAUUGACUUCCGAGUCAUUGAGGUCAUCAUCAAUGUCCUGCCAACCAUCAGGACGCGGCAUGCCGAGCUGAAUGCCACGGCUGACAUCGGGCAGUCUGUGAUGCUGGCCUGCGAUGCAGACGGGUACCCUGAACCCAGAGUUACAUGGGCUCGCAAUAACAUUGUCCUUGAAACAAGCGACAAGUACAGCAUCAACGAGGAUGGCUCUGAGAUGAUAAUAAAAAACAUUGAGAAAGUGGAUGAAGGGGAAUACACGUGCAUCGCCAAGAACAAGGCUGGGGAAAAGGAGGCAGAAGUCAGUCUGAAUGUGUUUGUUCAGCCUAAAAUCACCUACCUAAAGAACCAGACAGCAUCUGAGCUGGAGGAGCAGGUCACACUGACAUGCGAAGCUACAGGGGAUCCCACCCCUACCAUUGUUUGGAGUUUUGGCCGCCAGGUCUUCAGUGAAGGAGAGCAGGCUUCCUGGACUCGACCUGAGACGCACAAGUCCUCUGACAGAGAAGUCCACCGAAGCCAGAGUCUGGACGACAAUGUGGUGGUGCGUAGCCACGCUCGCGUGUCCUCUCUCACCUUGAAGUACGUCCAGUUCACCGAUGCCGGACAGUACCUCUGCACUGCUCGCAACGCCAUAGGCCAGGACGCCCAGUCUAUGUACCUUGAAGUGCGCUAUGCACCCAAGAUCCAGGGCUUGGUGACAGUGUACACCUGGGAGGGGAACGCAGCCAACAUCAGCUGUGAGGUGCUGGCCCACCCAGGUGCCGUUGUGAUGUGGUUCCGUGAUGGACAGCAGUUGCCCAGCGCCAACACCACCAACGUCAAGAUCUACAACACCCCUGCCGUGAGCUUCCUUGAGGUCACCCCAGACUCACAGACAGACUUUGGCAGUUACAACUGCACAGCCACCAACAUCAUUGGCUCAGAGUCUAAGGAGUUCCUGCUCAUUCAGGCAGAUGUCCCCUCAGCCCCCACCAUUGAGCAGGUGGAGCCAUAUUCCAGCACGGCGCUGAUGAGGUUCGAUGAGCCCGACGCUACCGGCGGCGUGCCGGUCCUCAAGUACAAGGUGUUGUGGCGUGCAGUGGGCCAGGUGGACUGGACCAGCAGGGAAUACGAAGCUGAUGAUGGAGGGAAUACCAUCACCAUCGUGGGUUUGAAACCCGAGACCAAUUAUGAAGUGAAGAUGUCGGCCAUCAACGGCAAGGGUGAAGGGGAGAGCAGCUUAGCCCAGUCUUUUAAAACCGAACCAGUUCACUAUUCUUUCACAAUUCCAUCAGUGACUCCAGCCCCCAUAUCUCCAAGCACUGCAGCUCUUAAAGGGGAGCCCAGCCCUCCAAAACUGGAGGGGAAGCUGCAGUCCACGGGCAACACUCUCAAGGUUAACUGGAUCAAGCAGGACGAUGGGGGUUCUCCCAUAAAGCAUUACCUGGUCAGAUACAAGGCCAAACAUGCAUCAGACUGGAAGCCGGAGAUGCGACUGCCCAGUUCCAGUGAGUACGUGAUGCUGAGUGGCCUGGACUGGAACACAGAGUACGAGGUCUACGUGGUGGCAGAGAACCAGCAGGGCAAGUCGCAGCCUGGCACCUUGAGCUUCCGGACCUCAGCUGAGCCCACAGCUAUCCCAGACCCCAUCGACAACAGCUCUGGCCUGGGCACAGGGGCCAUUGUGGGCAUCCUCAUUGUCGUCUUUGUGCUGCUGCUGGUGGGCGUGGACAUCACCUGCUACUUCCUCAACAAGUGCGGUCUGCUCAUGUGCAUCGCUGUCAACUUCUGUGGCAAGGCAGGGCCAGGGGCCAAGAGCAAGGACCUUGAGGAGGGCAAGGCCUCCUUCACGAAAGACGAGUCCAAGGAGCCGAUUGUGGAGGUGAGGACAGAGGAGGAGCGCACCCCCAACCACGAAGCAGGGGGGCAGACCGAGCCCAAUGAGACCACCCCACUGACAGAGCCUGAGCCUGCUGCUGACACCACUGCUGCAGUGGUGGACCUGCUUCCCUCUGUCGCCACUAACUCUGACACUGUCACUGAGAACAGCCCCGCUAGCGAGUCCACUACCCUUACCUCCAGCGCAGCUGUGCCGCCAGCUGCCAACGCCAAAGCCACCCCCCCAGUCCCACAGUCUAGCACCCCCAAGCCUAGCAUAACUUCCCCUUCCUCCACUACACCCGCUCCCUCCGCCGCCCCCAAGGAGGCUCCCUUGGUCGACCUAAGUGAAGGGUUGGCAGCCAAGGCCGAAGUGGCUCCAGCCACCAACGGUCCAGAGGCCGCCGAAGCCAUGAGCAACCCCACGCCUGCCUCUGACCCGAGCCCCACCCCCACUUCCCAGCCCACCAAAGCAGAUGCCACGAAACUCCCUGGGAGUGAGGCACCACAGGCCACUGCAAAAAGCCUCCCUGAGCCAUCCCAGAACCCCACUGCCACUGACAGUGCAGCCAAGCCCUCCCACAACCAAGAUUUACAAAUAGACGGAGGACCCUACCAGACCUCAGACACUGACCUUGCCAAGGAUGUCUUUGACGCUCUGGGCAAGCCCACCGGGCCCCCUGCAGACUCCACUGCUGUACCCACACCAGCCCAGGACGAGAAAAUCGUCGUAGCAGAUGACAAGAGCAAACCUGAGGAGACGGAGGUGAAGAAGACCCCUUCGGAGGUGAAGACAGUCCCCAACGAGGCUGCUCAGACAAACGGCAAUGAGAGCAAAGCGUGAUGCGCCUGCAGCCACAGCCCCACCUACAGGAUGUCUCACACACAACAUCAAAAACGAGAUUACAGGCGGUUUCUUUCUUCGGUGUCUUUUUUGAGUUUUCAGAACAAGCGAUGAGUUUGUAGAUUUGUAGAACGGAAAAAAAGAUCUUGUGCACAUGCCUUUAUUUCCAUGUAUGUUUUUGUUCGGUUUUGUUUUUUGUUUUGUUUUCAGUGUAUUUUUAACAUUCAAAGAAAAAGCAAGAUCUUGUAUUUAAGCUGAAUCUCAAGUUAUUGGAGGGAACCAAAAUCGAAUUCCAAGAGCAGUCUCCUGGGGAUUUAGUAACAUCUCAGCCAGUUGGAGUAGAUAACCACGGUAAAUUUAGCUUUAUCCAAGAAUAAUGCCUUUAUGUUGUGCACAUGCACAUUCCAUAACUCGUUACUAUAAUAUUUCAAAUCACAUCUGGUUUAGUAUAUGCUGUAUUACCACGUUUAUUUCCACUGCUAAUGAAUUGUUUAAUGUUCUGUUGUGUUAAAAGAAUAUGUGCAAAGUUUACUGCCUUUUAUUUUAUCUUUUUUAAUCAUUAUUAUUUUGAAGGUUGUAGUUAGAGCAUAGAGCACUAGCAUGCUUGCUUGGCGACAGAAGUUUUUCCAUUUUUUUGUUUUUUUUUUCUGAGAUGUUUACACGGCUUUUUUCAUAUUUCCCUUUUCUGAACAUGGCUUGAUUUUGUAUGAAAAGACAGUGAAAAUACUGCGUCCAACAGAGUAACUUUAGUCAGAGUUGUCGGUUAGGGUUAGACGACUGAAAAGUACUUUAGAAGCCACCGUUAUUUUGUACGGACAGAUGCAAGAGCACACUGUCCCUCACGUCCUCAUUGACACGUUGCUCUCUGUUUCAUUUCGUCCCGACCCAGCUGACCUGUUCCUCAGAAAUAUGCGGGGCUGACAGGGGUUCGGGAAGUGGGGGGGUGGGGGAGUAGAUGUCACAGGGAACAGUCAUCCAUCACUAAGUUGAGGGGGGUCCCAAAGCCCCCGUAUUUCCUGCGAAGAACCACAUUGGCUUGUUUUACCAACUGACUGGAUCGCGUUUUAAAAAGCUGUUUCCUGUUUCCAUUGGUUUAUCCCAUGUAAGAAGUGUGAUCUGAUUAGAAGCUAAUGUACGUAUUGGGUUGUUAACCUCUUUUUAUGCAUAUAGAUCAAACAAAUGCCUGAAUGAUUCUGUUAUUUAAGCCAUAGUGCUAUGGUGUGGAUUUGGAAACACAGAUAACUCAAUCAGACCCUUUUUGUACAGUAUGUUUCUCAUUCUUUUAGACUGCAAGCUUGUGCACUGUGAAUGCGUGAAUAUCCUAGUGUGAAUAAAAAUGUGUUCUUUGUCAUAGAAUAAUAACAAAAAAA